UCGUUCAUGUGCGCAACAAUGGAGAGGGGCAGUGUUUGUGGUAUUUAGAAAAUAUCAAAGGUUUGUCUCUUUGACGCGUGUUUUGUGUUGAGCGGCAGGAUGUGCAGCAGCAUCUCCAUGGAUCUUUAAAAACACUGAUGCGGGAUAUGCGCUGAAAACCGCCUGUGGAUGCAACGAAAAGUACUGGAUUUUUCAAAUUGAAGGGGGAGAAGCAGCGGAGGAAAACGCGGGGAUUCGAAUAGAUUUCUAAUUUUCAUUAUUUCUCAAUUUUUGGGUUUGUCCAUCAGCUCUGCGGAGGAGGAGGAGGGAAUCAUAAAGAAGUUUGUGCGCUGCCUUUUAUAUUUAACCUGAGGCUGCAAAAGUAGGCACACAUCUCGCGGUUAUUUUUGUUAUCUCUAAUCUAACGGGGGACGGUUAUGAAGUGUUACUGAGGCCCCUGGAGACGCUUGGACACUGGAGACCGGGGCCUGGGCGCACCGUGUCUGUUGAGACGGACCCGCGCAGCAGCAGCGCACCACUUGGAAACUAUACGGUCCACCAGACGCACCAAACCCACAAGACCCUCUCCUUCUCUCCCUUCUCCCCCCUGCUCCUCUCUUCUUUAUCUCUUCCCUCCGCGUCUCUCCUACCAGGUUUUUUCUUCAGGCUGGUGUGGACUUUAUAGCCACGACAAAAACUGAUCAUGCGAUGACUGAGCGCGCUUUGGGCACAUCUACUGAGUCCAUUACAGGAGGUGAAUGAUGGCCGAGGAUGGGGGAAAUCUCUCCGGGAUCCCCGACGCCAGGGGCUCGGAGGGUCGCUCCUCUCUGCCGAGGACUUUCAUCCGGCUCAACGACCUGUCCGGGGUCGGGACGGGAGGCGGGGAGCGCAGCGAGGCGGCGGCGGUGGAGCCGGCGUCCCCGGCGUCCCCAGCGCCCGACAGGAUCUCUACAGCCGGGGAUGAAGGGUCGGCGAGCGACGAUGGGAGCCUGCCCUACCCCACCCUGGCCCCCGUGGUCUUCUUCUACCUGAAACAAACCACCAGGCCUCGGAGCUGGUGUCUCAAGAUGGUCUGCAACCCAUAUCCUUUUGUACUUUUGAGAUAG